AGAAGAGAAGAAGAAGAGAGGAGAGGAGGGAGGUGUGUGAGUUAAGUGAAUGAGGUAGGAAGGAAGGAAGGAAGGAAGGAGUAUCCGUAACAUUUUCCAGAGGUUCUGCCGGAGAAGUGUGGAAGAGCCGCAACAGCCUGAAAGUUGUCUGACCUGGACACGAGCUAACCUCACUCGUGUCUGUGCUCACUGUUAGUUCCGCUUUGUUUUGAGGGUUCUGCUGUGUGAACGAGGCAAAGACACGAACAGAACUAUGUCGCUGUUGUCGAUUUUCAGUGGUUGCCCGUGAGGUGUUUUUAAAGAGCGCAGGGAAAGAAAAGGUUAGGAGAGAAACCGGUUCUCCCUGGUGCCUUACUGUCGCUUAUGUGUGUGUGAGGAUUGUUUUUCCAGUUUGACAGCGCUGAUAUAGAAGCUACAACACCGACAGACUCCUCAAAGUCGCCAAACCUGCUCCAAUGGACUUGAGAUAACGUUACAAGGAGUUCUACUCUUGUCUUAAACUUCAGCCAAUCCCUCAGCCUUCCACACCCAGCCAGCAUGGCAGAUCCAACUGGGCUGAGCCCUGAAGGGGCGGGGUCAGGCGCCGCUGACGUUGACUCCUGUAGUUUGGAGAUAGAGAGGAAGUAUGAUGUCAUCCCUGCUGUCAUCUGCUCCAUGUGUUGCCUGUUUGGCAUCAUCUACUGCUUCUUUGGUUACCGCUGUUUCAAGGCCGUCAUGUUUCUGUCAGGUCUGAUGUUCGGCUCUGUCAUCAUCUUCCUGCUGUGCCACAAGGAGCAUGUGCUGGACACCCAGCUGAGCGUCGAGGCCAGCGCGGGCAUCGGCCUGGGCAUAGGCCUGCUGUGCGGUCUGGUCACCAUGCUUGUGCGAAGUGUCGGCCUCUUCAUGACUGGCCUGCUGUUGGGGCUCCUCCUGGCCCUUGCCGCUUUGCUGGUCACUCACCAGUUCUACGCUCCGACCACAGUCUGGGUGCCGCUCGGUGUUCUUCUGGGAACGGGCAUGCUGUUCGCUGUGCUGACCCUGCAGUGGCAGAAGUUCUUCACCAUGGUCUCCACAGCUGUGUUUGGUGCAGCUAUCAUGACAGUGUGUGCUGAUUACUUUGUGGAGAUGUUGGCUCUGGCCACGUAUGUGUAUGAAUGCUUGCGCCUCACACCAGGGCCUCCUCUCUGCUGGUACAGCUGGGUCAUUCUGGGUAUCUGGCCCGCCCUCAGCCUCAUUGGAGUGUUGGUCCAGUGUAAACUGACGGGUGACAGCUUCUCGCACACAGAAGUUGUUAUUAGUCGGCGACAGAAGAGAGUCCAACUGAUGCGGAUUCGGGAGAAGGACGCCAAAAAGCGACAGCAGGCAGGUGGGCAGGAAGGCACGUACCGCCGUAAACCCACCCCAGUGAAACGUUACGCUGGGGAUCUACUGGCACCGAGCUACCUGCAAAGUCUGCGGGACAGACAGAUGGGCACAGGCACUUCCCUUAGCAGCAGCCUGGGCACCGUCAACCACACCAUGAUCGACCUGGAGUACGACAGCGGCUCCACUGUGCCCCUCACAGCUACAACCCCAGUGGUCAGGGUCUGAGCCACACACACACACACAAGAAGGGACUACUAAGUGCUAAGUGCUCUCUGGAUCUUCAACCGUGCCUCGCUCAUGUAGAGUAGACCCUAUAAACUGCUCCACUCUGCUAAUGGUUUUUAUUGUAUUCAGACUGAUUUGUAGCAAGGGUGGAUUUUCUCCUGUUGAUGUGUCAGUUCUGGGUGUCGGUGAAAGAGAUUGCUGCUUUUUUUUUUUUUGGAGAAGGAAGAAUCGUCAAGCUCCGGCUUGAUUUAAAAAUAAAAAAACUACAACCACUAAAACCACUGUGUUUCUCAGAGAAACAUUCAAAAAAACAGACACUAACAGAGUGAGGUCCUCCGUUUUUCUUCUUUCAUCAUGUAUUAAAUACAGCAAGUACGAGCCUUAAAAUUCUUGUUUGUGUUUUGGUCAUGAAUGAGACAGAGCAGUUUGUUUGACAUUACACAUUACGUACUGUACUGGAAGAGUUAGUUAUUGCCAUGAAGUGUUGUCUUAUUACUCUGUCUGUUUAACUGUGUGCUCAUAGGUGUUGUGAUCAUUGUGUACUUUUUCUAGAUGAAGUGUGGCGAGACUGACAAAGUGAAGCGAAACGAUAAAUGAGGCAAAUAAAAGUGGGAUGUUUUUUUUCUCUGUGAUUCUUAUGUGUAUGUGUGUGUUUUCAGGGUAGCUCCUGUCAGAACACAGUAGGUGAGGAAGUUAGACUAUUGCUUGUGGAGCAAAUGUUUUAUAAUUUAUUUACAAAAACAAAAAAAACCAGCAUGUUUGUUUUUAAUUUGUAGUUUUUUUUAAAUAAUCAUCCACGUUGUUGUUGUUCGUUGUUUUGCAGGGACAAUGCACUUGUUACCUGGGUCUGUACAUAACUGUUGAUAUGAUUUCAAAGAUGAAUAAAUGUGUUUGAUAUGAAAA